AUGCUGGUACUCCCAGGAUCAGAAUCCCUCUCACCCUUCAAGGCACACGCCCUCCUCCAGCAGGUCCAGGCUGCCGUCCCAUCCGUCCAGUCCGUCUCCACCCGCGCCGUCCAUUUUGUACAGCCUCUCCCCGGUCUUGACCAGACUACCCUCAACGAGUUCUUGACCAACGAUGCCACCCCCGAGAGAAUCAUCCUCAACACCAUGUUCUCCUCCCCUUCCUCCGCUCGCGCCCAGGAUGACCAAGAGUUGGUUCAAUUGAUCUCACAACCCUACAGCGACUCAGCGUCGACUGUAGAAGGACGCAAUUUUUUCAUUGUUCUGCCUCGCGUCGGCACCAUCUCCCCGUGGUCGUCCAAGGCUACCAAUAUCGCCCAGAUGUGCAAUCUGGACCGUCAUGUCAAGCGGGCCGAGCGCGGUCAAGCUUACUUGGUUCGGACAAACGACGGAAAACAGUUGAGCGAGCAUGAGUUCAGGACCAUUACAGCCCUUGUUCACGAUCGCAUGACUCAGGACGUCCUUGGCGUUAUCCCCGAUGAGAAGGUCAUCUUCAAGCAAGGAACUCCCGCCCCAUUGACCACCGUCCAGCUCAUGGAGGCCGGUGGCGAGCGCAACCCCCGCGAUGCCCGUGAGCGCCUCGUCUCCGCCAACAAGGAGCUCGGCCUCGCCCUGGCCGAAGACGAGAUCGACUACCUCGUCGCUGCCUUCAUCGGAAGCAGCAAGCUGAGCUCCGACAGCUGUCUCGCAAGAAACCCUACCGACGUCGAGCUCUUCAUGUUCGCCCAGGUCAACUCGGAGCACUGCCGUCACAAGAUCUUUGGCGCCGACUGGACGAUUGACGGCGAAAAGAAGCCCCACUCGCUCUUUGGCAUGAUCAAGAACACCCACCAGCUCCAUCCCCAGCACACCCUCUCCGCCUACUCUGACAACGCCGCUGUCCUUCAGGGUCCCAAAGGCACCCGCUUUGCCCCCAUUGCCGACGACAACUACGCCUACACCUUGUUUGAGGAGGAGGUUCACACCGUCGUCAAGGUCGAGACCCACAACCACCCUACUGCCGUCUCACCCUUCCCUGGAGCUGCUACUGGAUCAGGAGGAGAGAUUCGUGAUGAGGGAGCCACCGGUAUCGGUUCCAAGCCCAAAGCCGGUUUGAGUGGUUUCACCGUCUCCAACUUGUUGAUCCCUGGACACGUUCAACCCUGGGAGACCGACUAUGGAAAGCCCUCGCACGUUGCCUCGGCUUUGGACAUCAUGGUCCAGGGACCUCUCGGAGGUGCUGCCUUCAACAACGAGUUUGGUCGUCCUGCCAUCACUGGUUACUUCCGUACUUUCCUCGAGUCCGUUCCCACCGCCAACGGCAAGGAUGAGAUCCGUGGUUUCCACAAGCCUAUUAUGAUUGCUGGAGGGUUGGGAACAAUUCGUCCCAAGCAUGUCCUCAAAAACAAGAUCCAGCCCGGUGCUCAUUUGGUCGUCCUCGGUGGCCCCUGCAUGUUGAUCGGUCUCGGUGGUGGUGCUGCCAGUUCCAUGACUUCGGGAGAGUCCUCAGCCGCGUUGGAUUUCGCCUCUGUUCAGCGAGAGAACCCCGAGAUGCAGCGUCGCUGCCAGCAGGUCAUUGAUUCCUGCACGGCCUUGGGUGACAAGAACCUCAUCCAGUCGAUUCACGAUGUCGGUGCUGGAGGACUUUGCAAUGCCCUUCCCGAGAUUGUUCACGAUUGCGACCUCGGUGCCGUGAUUGAGCUUCGCAAUAUCAACAACGACGACCCCAGUAUGUCCCCCAUGGAGAUUUGGUGCAAUGAGUCUCAGGAGCGUUACGUUCUUGCUAUCGGACCCGAGAACAUUGAGGCCUUCAAGGCCAUCUGCGAGCGUGAGCGCUGCCCCUAUGCCUUAGCCGGUGUCGCCACGACUGAGGAGAAGCUGGUUUUGACCGACAGCCUUUUGGGAACAACCCCCAUUGAUCUGCCUAUGUCGACCCUGUUUGGCAAGCCCCCCAAGAUGUCCCGUACCACGGCCACCGUCGUCCCCACUCGCCACGCCUUUGACAGCAGCUUGAAGUCUUACCUCCCCUCGUUGACCCAAUCUGCCGAAUUGGUCACCGAUGCUGCUCACCGCGUCCUCCGUCUCCCCGCUGUUGCCUCCAAGUCCUUCUUGAUCACCAUUGGUGACCGUACCAUUACCGGAUUGGUUGCCCGUGACCAGUUUGUUGGACCUUGGCAGGUCCCCGUCGCCGAUGUUGCCGUCACUGCUACCUCGCUCGGCGUCUCAGUUGGAGAGGCCAUGGCCAUGGGUGAGCGUCCCCCUAUCGCCUUGAUCUCGGCAGCUGCCUCCGCCCGCAUGGCCGUCGGUGAGUGCAUCACCAACAUGGCUGCUGCCAACAUCCCCUCGUUAGGUCAGAUCCGCAUGUCUGCCAACUGGAUGGCCGCUCCUGACCACGAAGGUGAGGGCUCCCGCUUGUACGAGGCUGUCCAGGCUAUCGGCUUGGAUCUCUGUCCUGCUUUGGGUAUCAGCAUCCCUGUCGGCAAGGAUUCGAUGUCGAUGAAGAUGAAGUGGAAGCAGGACGGCGAGCAGGUUGAGGUCACUGCGCCUUUGUCGCUCAACAUUACUGGAUUCGGACCCGUCACUGAUAUUCACAAGACUCUCACUCCUGAGUUGAUUACCGAUGCUGGCGAGACUGUCCUGGUAUUGAUUGACUUGGCUGAUGGAAAGGAGCGCCUCGGAGGCUCGGCCAUUGCUCAGGUCUACAAGCAGAUCGGUAACGAAGUUCCCGAUGUCGAGAGCGCCGAAGUCCUCAAGUCGUUCUUCAAGGGUAUCCAGGCUGUCCGUGAUCAUGAUGAUCUUGUCCUUGCCUACCACGAUCGCUCGGAUGGUGGUCUCUUUGCCACUGUUGCCGAGAUGUGCUUUGCUGGUCACGUCGGUGCCAAGGUCGAUCUUUCGAGCAUCACUGAGGACGCUGUCGCUGGUUUGUUUAACGAGGAGUUGGGAGCUGUUGUCCAGGUCCGCUCUGCUCAGCUCGACCAGUUCAAGGCUGUUUUUGCUCAGCAAGGAUUCCCUGUCGAGUCUCUCAAGGUUGUCGGUUCCGUCAACGCUAAGGGUGAUGAUUCGAUUGUUAUCUCGCACAAGGGAACCAACGUCCUCGAGUCGAACCGUGUCGAGUUGCAGCGCAUCUGGACCGAGACCUCUUACCAUAUCCAGACCAUCCGUGACAACUCGGAGUGCGCCCAGCAGGAGUUUGAUGGAUUGUUGGAUGCCCAGGAUCCUGGUUUGUCGUACCAGUUGACCUUCAACCCUGCCGAGGAAGUCUUAUUGGCUGCUGAUUUGGCUCUUGCUCAGGCUGACCGCCCAAAGGUGGCCAUUUUGCGCGAGCAGGGUGUCAACGGUCAGAUCGAGAUGGCCUAUGCCUUUCACGCCGCAGGAUUCACUGCUGUGGAUGUUCACAUGUCGGAUAUCUUGUCUGGCAAGGUGACUCUCAAGGACUUUAAGGGUAUUGCUGCCUGCGGUGGAUUCUCGUACGGUGAUGUCCUCGGAGCUGGUUCUGGUUGGGCAAAGUCGAUCUUGUUGCACGAGCGUACCCGCAACGAGUUCUACGAUUUCUUGACCGUCCGUCAGGAUACGUUUGCCCUGGGAGUCUGCAACGGAUGCCAGUUCUUGUCGCAGAUGCGCGAGUUGAUCCCUGGAGCUGAGCACUGGCCCUACUUCAAGCGCAACCAGAGCGAGCAGUUCGAGGCUCGCUUCAGCAUGGUCGGAUUAGAGAACAAUACUGCCGCUGCUGAGGCCUCGUCGACUGUUCCUUCGAUCUUCUUUGACGGUAUGCGCGGAUCCAAGUUCCCUAUUGCUGUUGCCCACGGAGAGGGUCGUGCCGAGUUUGUCAAGCCUUCGGAUCUGGAGGCUCUUCAGGCUCAGGGCUUGAUUGCCGCUUCGUAUGUCGAUAACUACGGCAAGAGAACCGAGCAGUACCCAUUGAACCCCAACGGGUCGCCCCUCGGUAUUACUGCUGUCCAGACGCCCAACGGUCGUGUCCUUGCUAUGAUGCCUCACCCUGAGCGUGUGUCUAGCCGGGAGGCUAACUCUUGGUACCCCCGUGCGGAGGGUGCUCAGUGGGGUGAGCAGGGCCCUUGGUUGAGAAUGUUCAAGAACGCCCGCACUUGGGUCAGCCGCCAGUAA